AUGCAGCAGCAGCAGCAACAGGAGCCGGAGCAACAGACCAGCGCUACGACAGAAGAAACCGCCGCCGCCGCAGCUGCGGCGGCGCAAGCGGCGGCCGCGGUGGCAACGCGAGAGAAAAAGGAGGAACUGAGGAAGCAGAAGCGAGACGAGGAAGGGCUCCACCUGCUGACCCUCCUUCUCCAGUGCGCCGAAGCCGUCUCCGCCGACAACCUAGAGGAGGCCAACCGCAUGCUGCUCGAGAUCUCAGAGCUAUCGACGCCGUUCGGAACUUCCGCCCAGCGCAUCGCCGCCUACUUCUCCGAAGCCAUGUCCGCCCGCCUCGUGAGCUCUUGCCUGGGCAUCUACGCGCCGCUACCCCCGGCGGCGGUGCACCGCCAGAAGCUCGCGACGGCGUACCAGGUCUUCAACGGCAUCAGCCCCUUCGUCAAAUUCUCCCACUUCACCGCGAACCAGGCGAUCCAGGAGGCGUUCGAGAGGGAAGAACGGGUGCACAUCAUCGACCUGGAUAUUAUGCAGGGCCUCCAAUGGCCGGGUCUCUUCCACAUUCUCGCCUCCAGGCCAGGAGGACCGCCAUACGUCCGCCUCACCGGCCUGGGAACGUCGAUGGACGCGCUGGAGGCGACGGGGAAGCGGCUGACGGACUUUGCAGAGACGCUGGGGCUACCAUUUGAGUUCUACCCGGUGGCGGAGAAAGCCGGCAACGUCGACCCCGAGCGCCUACAUGUGAGCAAGCGGGAGGCUGUUGCUGUCCACUGGCUGCACCACUCGCUCUACGACGUCACGGGUUCGGACGCGAACACCCUUUGGCUACUGCAGCGGUAAGUUUCUCUAUCAGGGAAUAACCGGUCCCCCUUCCCCAUUUGGAAUUGCACCGCCGCCGUCUCCGGCAGGGUUUCAUCUUUGGCUCUCUUGGCCGGCGACAAUGGCAGACGAUCGGCACUUUCCAUGACCCCAGAAAAGUCCUAAAGGUUCAUAACUCUCAUGGGUUAUUAACUAGCAGAUGUUUUCUUUCUCACAAUGGGGCAAUGGCGGACUGUGCCCGCUAACAGUGACGACCGGCGGACUAGCUCCCCCGUCUUCACCAAGUUCUUUCCUGCUUUGUCGGGGAUGGGAUUGAUUCAGCUUCCGGCCGCAAAGAUUAGUGCUUUGCUGAUUGGACGGGUCGGGGAAAUUUCCCCGGGUCCUGUCCAAUCAAGCCACCGCCGUAAAUUUGAUGCGUUCUGGAGAUCAACAGGGAUUUCUCUGUGACGCACAGGUUGGCGCCGAAGGUGGUGACGAUGGUGGAGCAGGAUCUGAGCCAUGCGGGCUCGUUCUUGGCUCGGUUCGUGGAGGCGAUCCACUAUUACUCGGCGCUGUUCGACUCGCUGGGGGCGACCUACGCGGAGGAUUCCCACGAGCGGCAUAUCGUGGAGCAGCAGCUGCUCUCGCGGGAGAUCCGCAACGUGCUGGCGGUGGGCGGCGCCGCCCGCACCGGCGAGGUCAAGUUCCAGAACUGGCGCGAGAAGCUGAGCCAGUCCGGCUUCCGGGGGAUCUCCCUCGGCGGAGCUGCCGCCCACCAGGCCACCCUCCUCCUCAGCAUGUUUCCCUCCGACGGGUACACCCUCGUGGAGGAGAACGGCGCCCUCAGGCUCGGGUGGAAGGACCUGCCUCUCCUCACGGCCUCCGCAUGGAAGCCCAUCGGCGGCGGCGCCGCCUACGCCGCCGCCACCAGGUAG